AUGGCCGGCGUGAACUACUCUACGGCGUCGUACGUCACGCAUGUGAUCAAGGGACUCACGAGCAGCUACAACCUGCUGAAGCGGCUGUCAGUGGCGCCGAGCACGCGGGCGACGCUCAACGAGGAUUCCCUCACCUCGUACAUCCUGCAGGACGAGGCGAUGCAGGAGGCCGAGAAGUCCACGGAGCUCCUGCUGCAGGCAAACUACGCCGCCCCGGCGAAGCAAGGUAGCCGACCAGGGCAGCGCGGCAAGCCCGGCAGCGGUGGUAGCGGAGGUGGGAAGCCGGCCAAGGACGCCGACAAGGGUAAGUCGGCGAAGGAAGGCGGUCGUGGGGGAGGAAGUCGGCGUCGGAAGUGUUGGAUCUGCCGCAGCCCCGACCACCUCUCCUUUGAGUGUCCCGACCGCAGCGAAUCCGACGACGACGACGCCAAGGGAGGCCGCGGGAGGUCGGCCAGCCGUCGUCCACGUCGAGGAAACCAGCCGCGCAAGGAGAAGCAGUCGACCAAGUCGACCUCGGCGAAGGACGCUGACCCUUCUGCUGGCGGCAAGGGGAGCGACGACAAGUCGGCGUCAUGCUCCCUGGUCGGCGUCGUGGAGCCGACCGUCUCACUGGCGCCGGAGGCCGGUGAGGAUUUCCAGGCGAUGGCAGCAGCAGUGCAGGCGAACCCGGUGGUGGUACUGCUGGACAGCGGCUGCUCCCACCACCUGAUGGGGACGAAGGAGGUCUUCGUCGACAUGGGGCCGAGCGGCGACGUGAAGCACGUGCGCGGCUUCAAUGGGGCGUUGCAUGACGUCAAAGGACGGGGCACGGUUGCGCUGCGAGGGGAGGCCGGGAAGCGUGUGCUCAUCCCCGACGUGCUGUACGUCCCGGGCGUGCACGCGAACCUGCUGUCGGCCGGUCAACUAAAGGAGAACGGCGUAAAGUUGCGGGAGGACGGCGACGGGCUGCUGCUCGUCUCGGCGACGGGCGACGUGCUUGGUCGAGCAACGUACUCCGGCCGGGUUCUCUGCACCGACCUGCGUCCCUGCCCAGCAACGACUGCGGCGGAGGAAGUGGCUCUACGGGCAAUCGUCUCGGCGACGAAGGCGACGCCGGACAGGCUGCACGCGAGGCUUGCGCACGUCGGCAUGGACACCAUCCUGAGCUCGGCGAAGCAGGGGGUGGCCACCGGGCUGGACCUCAAGUCGGCGUCCGGCGCUGCCUCGCCUUGCGUUUCGUGCGUCGGUGGGAAGCUGGCGCGGCACACCUUCCCCGACAAAGGCUCCGACGCCAAGGACGCCCUGGCCGUCGUGCACAUCGACCUACCCGCUACGUGUGGCCGCAAGACCCGCUACGUGUGGGUGAGGCCGGUCGCCAAGAAGUCCGACGUGCUGCAGGAGUUCGAGCAGUGGCUGGUGACGGUUGAGCGGCAGACGAAGAAGUCGGUGUUGAUGCUGCGUUCUGACCGGGGAGGGGAGUUCCUCAAGAAGGACUUCAUCGCCCUCGUGAACGGCAAGGGGAUCCUCCACGACCUCACCUGCCCGUACACUCCGCAGCAGAACGGCAUGGCGGAGUCGGUGCGGACGAUGCUGCUGCACAUGGGCGUGCAGCACCACUGGAGCGGUCGGCAACGCCGGGGACGACGCCGUACCAGCUGCUCACCGGGACGAAGCCCGACUUGUCACUGGCGCGAGUGUGGGGCUGCAUGGCGUAGUUCCUCGUCCCCGAGCAGCAGCGCGGUGGGAAGCUGA